AUCGUGUGUGUGUAGGGAGUUGAAGACUGGCAAGGCAGCAUCAGCGGCUGCUUGCAUCUCGGGUCACUGACGCAGGGCGAUCACUCAGGCGGGUGGCCAACCACUACCUGGAAGCCUUCCGCUCGGCCCUAAUUUCUCCGGUGUUCCUGGCAGGCGCUCCCAGCAGAGCAGAGUCGAGCCGCCACGAACGAGCUUCGCGUUUAAGGACAGUCUCCGCCUGUCGGCGCGCGCUCUCGAGCCGCGACCCCGAACGAGAACAAGUCGGACCGAAGUGAGCGGAAGUUCCCGCGGGGCUGAGGGAGUUGCAAUCGAGAGAGUUGGGGUUGGUGAUUAUUGCUGCAGAUUUAUUACAUUUGACCGGUGAGCUCAUUGGCAGGAUUUGACUGGCACCGAUUGGAAAUGGCUGGCCUGCAAGAGAUCCGAAUGACAGAGGAAAAGCCUCUGCUCCGGGAACAGAUGUCAAUGGAUAAUUGUGACAUAUUCCUGCCUCCUGUGGACUCAAAUUGGCAGGAGCAUGACAUUGAAACCCCCUAUGGGAUGUUGCAUGUUGUUAUCCGUGGUGCUCCUAAAGGAAACCGCCCAGCAAUCCUGACCUACCAUGAUGUUGGGAUGAACCAUAAGCUGUGCUUCAACACGUUCUUCAACUUUGAGGACAUGCAGGAAAUCACCAAACACUUUGUUGUGUGCCACGUGGAUGCCCCUGGCCAGCAGACAAGUGCCUCACAAUUCCCUGCAGGGUACCAAUUUCCAACCAUGGACCAGCUUGCUGCCAUGUUGCCAAGUGUAGUUCAGCAUUUUGGAUUUAAAAGUAUUGUUGGAAUCGGAGUGGGGGCUGGGGCCUACAUCCUGGCCAAGUUUGCUUUAAUUUUCCCAGAUCUGGUGGAGGGAUUGGUCCUUGUCAACAUUGAUCCCUGUGGAAAGGGUUGGAUUGAUUGGGCAGCAACUAAGCUCUCAGGUCUGACCAGCUCACUCCCUGACACUGUCCUGUCACACCUCUGCAGCCAGGAGGAAUUAAUGAACAAUACGGAGCUGGUGCAGAGCCUGCGACAACAGAUAGGAGCUAACAUUAACCAAACCAAUCUGCAGCUGUUCUGGAACAUGUACAACAGUCGCAGAGAUUUGGAAAUGAACAGACCUGGAAGUGUAGCCAAUGCCAAGACUCUGCAGUGUCCAGUGAUGCUGGUGGUGGGGGACAAUUCUCCAGCAGAGGAAGGAGUGGUGGAAUGCAAUUCCAAACUGGACCCAACUCAGACAACUUUCCUAAAGGUAAUGGCUGACUGUGGUGGCUUGCCCCAGAUCACUCAGCCUGGAAAGCUGACAGAAGCCUUCAAAUACUUUCUGCAGGGCAUGGGCUACAUGGCCUCUGCAAGUAUGACACGACUGGCUCGUUCACGCACAGCCUCGCUGACCAGUGCCAGCUCAGUAGAUGGGCAACGUCCACGUAUCUGCACCCAAACCAACAGCAGUGACAGCAUGGGCCAGGUCACUCAGAAUAUGUCACACACCAUGGAGGUGUCAUGCUAAAAGGUGAUGGGAGGUUGGAAAAAGCAGCAUGGCUGACCCCUACCCACUCUGCAGAAUGAUUAUUCCAUCUUAGUUUUGGUAUGGGGCAGUGUAAACAAAGCCUAGAGAUUGCUCUAUUACUUUGCUGUAGCAGUCUGUAGUUCCCUAGCCUAACAAAUAAAGGCUCCCCACUGCUUUUUUUUCUUGCAUGAGUUGCAAUUAUCGUGAAAAUUUAUUUUGGUAAAUGUAGCUAUCCGAGCAUUUCCAAUCUGUUAGCAGGCUUUUACGCGAUUGGUUUUAUUUUUUACCAGUCAGUCAGUGCCAUGGUCCAUAUUAGGGACUGUGCCAAUGCAAUAGUAAUCUUGUAUUCAAUUACUUUAACGUGUGCUAAGGGAAAGCAUCAAUUUUUAUGUUGUUUUAAAUGUGAAGGCAUUUCCAAACAUUGGUGUGUUAAAUAAUUGUCCUAGAUAGCCUGUUCUUUAUGCUUUCUGUAACACAGGAUACAAAAGAGCUGCUCUGAUUACUCUAGAUGUAGUGAAUCUGGUUCCACUACUUAAUGGUUUGUAGAUAAUUUUGUUCCCCUGUCCCUAACUUCAGCUGCAGCUUAGGCAAUGAUAAAAUGAAGAGUUGAAAAAUUGCUGGGAGGCUUGUUCAGAUUUUGUGACAAAUGUACUGUUACUGAAACUUUUUUUUGUAUAACUGAUUCUUCGAUGUUGCUGUUAUUGAUCUGAUACCUGGCCACAGCUGUGGCUACCCAAUUAAUAAUUAAUUCACUUAAUGUAACUAAUAAAUGUUUAUUGAAAAUAAAGUCAGUGUUAAAACCAGCCUUGUUUUGGUAGAUGAUUUCACAUAUUCUGCUAUGAUUUAAUCUUGUUGGCAUUAUUACAUUAUGUUGGACUGAUAAUAGCACACUCUGUUAGCAUAAAUUGGAAACAGAUGUUCUCAGGGAAAAGUACAGAAGAAAUGUGGCAAAUGUUCAGGGGAUAUUUGUGUUGACUUCUGCAUAGGUACCUUCCAAAGAGACAGGGAAGUUAUGGUAGGGUACAGGAACCGUGGUGUACAAAGGCUGUCAUAAAUCUAGUCAAGAAGAAAAGCUUACAAAAGGUUCAGAGAGCUAGGUAAUGUUAGAGAUCUGGAAGAUAAGGCUAAUAGGAAGGAGCUUAAGAAGGAAAUUAGGAGAGCGAGAAGAGGCCAUGAGAGGGCCUUGGUGGGCAGGAUUAAGGAAAACCCCAAAAGGCAUUCUACAAGUAUGUAAAGAGCAAGAGGAUAGGACGUGAAAGAAUAGGACCUAUCAAGUGUGACAGUAGGGAUGUAUGUAUGGAACCGGAGGAAAUAGCAGAGGUACUUAAUGAAUACUUUACUUCAGUAUUCACUAUGGACCUUGGUGAUUGCAGUGCUGACUUGCAGCAGACUGAAAAGCUUAAGAAAGAGGAUGUGCUGGAGCUUUUAGAAAGCAUCAAGUCGCCGGGUCCAGAUGAGAUGUAACCCAGGCUACUGUGGGAGGUGAGGGAGGAGAUUGCUGAGCCUCUGGCAAUGAUCUUUGCAUCAUCAAUGGGAACUGGAGGAUUGGAGGGUUGUGGAUGUUGUUCCUUUAUUCAAGAAAGGAAAUAGAUAGCCCAGAAAAUUAUAGACCAGUGAGUCUUACAUCAGUGGUUGGUAAUUUGAUACAGAAGAUCCUGAGAGGCAGGAUAUAAGAAAAUUUGGAGAGGUAUAAUAUGAUUAGGAAUAGUCAGCAUGGCUUUGUCAAGGGCAGGUCAUGCCUUACGAGCCUGAUUGAAUUUUUUGAUUAAACACAUUGAUGAAGGAAAAGUAGUAGAUGCAGUGUACAUGGAUUUUAGCAAGGCAUUUGAUAAAUGCAAGACUUAUUGAGAAAGUAAGGAGGUAUGGGAUCCAAGGGCACAUUGCUUUGUGGAUCCAGAACUGGCUUGUCCACAGAAGGCAAAGAGUGGUUGUAGAUGGGUCAUAUUCUGCAUGGAGGUUGGUCACCAGUGCAGUGCCUCAGGGAUCUGUUCUGGGACCCUUACCCUUUGUGAUUUUUAUAAAUGACCUGGAUGAGGAAGUGGAGGGAUGGGUUAGUAAGUUUGCUGAUGACACAAAGGUUGGCGGUGUUGUGGAUAGUGUGGAGGGCUGUCAGAGGUUACAGCAGGACAUUGAUAGAAUGCAAAACUGGACUGAGAAGUGGCAGAUGGAGUCAACCCAGAUAAGUGUGAGGUGGUUCAUUUUUGUAGGUCAAAUAUGAUUACAGAAUAUAGUAUUAAUGGUAAGACUCUUUGGCAGUGUGGAGAAUCAGAGGGAUCUUGGGGUCCGAGUCCAUAGGAUGCUCAAAGCAGUUACGCAGGUUGACUGUCGUAAAGAAGGCGCACGAUGCAUUGGUCUUCAUCAAUCAUGGGAUUGAGUUUAAGAGCCGAGAGGUAAUGUUAUAGCGGUAUCGGACCCUGGUCAGACCCCACUUGGAGUACUGUGCUCAGUUCUAGUCACCUCACUACAGGAAGGAUGUGGAAGCCAUAGAAAGGGUGCAGAGGAGAUUUACAAGAAUGUUGCCUGAAUUGGGGAGCAUGCCUUAUGAGAAUAGUUUGAGGGAACUCGGCCUUUUCUCCUUGGACCGAUGGAGGAUGAGAAGUGACCUGAUAGAGGUUUAUGAGAUGAUGAGAGGCAUUGAUCGUGUGGAUAGUCAGCUUUUUCCCAGGGUGAAAUGGUUGCCACAAGAGGACACAGGUUUAAGGUGCUGGGGAGUAGGUACAGAGGAGAUGUCAGGGUUAAGCUUUUUACUCAGAGUGGUGAGUGCGUGGAAUGGGCUGCUGGCAACAGUGGUGGUGGAGGUGGACACGAUAGGGUCUUUUAAGAGACUUUUGAAUAGGUACAUGGAGCUCAGAAAAAUAGAGGGCUAUAGGUACACCUAGUAAUUUCUAAGUAGGGACAUAUUCGGCACAAUUUUGUGGCAGGAAAAUGGGGUUGAGUCAUGAUCAAUGGCAGUGCAGAUACAGUGGGCUAAAUAGCCUAGUUCUGCUCCUAUGGUCUUACAGACAAGAAAAUCUUUGACUUUAGCUCCUAGCAGCAAAUUUAUAAAUUGUCUUCCGUGUAUGGCCUUCUUAUAAUGUUCUAAAGCACUUUCCUGGCAAACUGGUGCCUUUGAGUAUGAACAGUUCUCUCCUUUAUAAUUUAAAGCAAUAGCAAUUGGUAAUCUUGUGUAAAUCUGUUGAGGGAUAAACAUUGGGAAAUAAGAAUACCCUUGCUCUUCGUUUAAAUUGUGCCAGGGAAUUGUG